UGUUUCUCGACUCUCAGAUCUAAAAACUAGGCUCCCAGGUCUUCUUCUUCUGGCCAACAUCAUCUCUGUCGCCGCCCGCCGCUGCGUCGGACACCAGACCAGUAACCUCCCUCCUGCUCUACCGAUAGUGCUUACAGUCCAAAUCCUCGCUAAAAGAUAGGGCGGGAUGGAGCCAAAAUCUGGCGCUCAAAUCGACCAAUUUUGGUGUUUCCCUUUUCCGCUGCACGACCCACUAGCACCAUGCCCCCCAAUCCGCUGUAACUUCCACCUCAUCCUCCACAAAACAAUCACGAUUGAUGGCAGCUGAGAGAGCACACAAAAUCAUCUAGCAAUCGGGCUGCAGAGAUGCCCUCCUCGCCGGUACCAUCUCUAUUGAAGUUUUUUCUUCAUCUGGUAGCCCAUCGCUUCCCCGCGAUUAUCUCUUGAAAAUACUGGAGCGUCUCCCCCUGAUCCAUCUCUUCCAUUAAUCAUCUUCCUCAAUCCCCUCUGGUGGCGGGUGCCUUUGUUGUUCUAUCUUGGAAGCUGCAUCUGUACAGUGAGCUAGCCAGGAUGGGGGACGACUCGUGGACUGUGAACUUGUUCAUGAAGGAUGCUCCAUCUCAUCAGAAUUUUCUUGAACAAACAAUGGACAGAGACCUGAUAUGCUAUUUCGACAUUUUUGGUAUGGUUGAGAAGUAUGGGUACACAACAAGUGAUGCUUUGUACUGCAAAAGAGAUAGCCAUGGACGUCAUAAGGCAUGUUUGGUUAAAAUUAGUAAUGACAACGAUGUGGGUAAGAUGCUGCUUGAACAUGAAGCUGAUCGGAAGUUGACCUUUUUUGUCGAGAAGCGUACUGCUAGUUUGAACACGGGUGUUCAUUUUGCUGCACCAACCCACACUGGAUCAAGUGAUGAUGCAAUGGAGGGAUAUGAUACAGAGUCAUCAAAUGAAAGCGACCAUGAGACAGAUAGAGAUGAAUUAGAUCAUGAGUCGGAAGCUAUGAAGAGGCGUUGGGCUGACCCUAGUGUACAUCCAAAGAAGCACAAGCGGCCAAGGAAGUCAGUAUCUAAUUUGGAAGAUCAUGAUCAUGGGGAUUUAGAUGAUCCUCUGGAACCCCUACAGAAUGGGGAUGAAGAUGAGGAGAUUUUGCAGGAUCCCCUAGUAGAUUCAGAAAAUGAGUAUCAAGAUCUUGCAGAACUUGACACUACAAUUUCUGGAGUUUCUGCAGAAUCCGGAUCCAUUAAAAUAGUCUGGCCCAAUGGAGUUAUUCAAGAGUAUAGGGGUCGUUUCACAGUAUCUAAUGUGAUGAACAUUAAAUCUGGUGGAAAGGUAAUUAUUGAAACUGAUGAAAAUGGCGUCCCAAACCAAAGGUCAGCUGGCCUUCUUGGUUCAUUUCUUCGUGGUCUGGCCAAGAAUUCUUCCCAUGUGCCACUACAUAUCCCAAGAUGGGACAACAAGCUAAUGCGAAAGCCAAAGGAGAAUCUCAUCACUUAUGUUGAGACAAAAUUUGUGUACCCUGAGGAGACAAAGUACACUACAGAAGGAUGGAUAUUGAAGAUUGUCAACAAAGGGUGGAGAGAUUACAAGUCUUCCUUGAAGAAAGAGUACUAUAAGCCAAAUAAGUGGUCACUAGAUCGAAUCAUGAGACGAGUUCCUGACGGUGUUAAUAAACAUCAGUGGAUAACACUACUUGAGACUUGGUGCCAGGAGCAACACACAAAAACAUGUGAGAGGAACUCUGAAGCUGGAAAGCAACAACGCCAUUCACACACCACCGGAAGGAAAAGCCACGCGAGAUUGAAAAAAGAGAUGGAAGUCAAGAAUAAAGGACCUGUCAGCAAAAUUGAUCUAUGGGAUGAAGCUCAUAAGAAGAAGGAUGGAACAUAUACAAAUGAGAAUGUCCAACAACUGAUGCAUAAAGCUCGGAAGGAGUUAGCAAUUCUUGAGAGGAAGAAAAAUGGGAAGCUAUCACCAGAAGAUUAUGACAAAGUGUUUGAUGAUGUUAUAGCAAAAGAUUCAACAAUUGGUACAUACUAUGACGAGAAGUACUGGGGCGAUGCAAGGUUAUGUCGAGGCUCAACUUCUGUUCCAGGGGCAUCAAGUGAAGUCAUGGUUCAAAACGAACUUCAAGAAAUGAAAGCUGAUCUGAAGAAUGUUACUGGACUCAUGGGAAGAAUGUGUGCUUUUAUGGCACGAAACCAUCCCGGUGAAGAUUGGAUGAACGAUGUGAUGACUGCUGGAAAUGAAAUCAAGAAGGGUAACCAACCGGAGGAUCCAGCCCCCAUGCUCCAGUCCAAUAACAUCACGAUGAACAUCUCAUAUAGAUUUGGUGGUGAUUAUGAGGUUGAUGGUGUUGAAAGACCCAUGGCCAACAUUCAUACUACAGGAAGUAAUCCAAAGGUUACGUUGCAGACCAUGUCACUACUUUUAUCAUAAUACAUGUCUUCUGAUCUUGCAAUGCAAGUAAAUUUCACAAAGUGUGACAAGAGAUCAGGGGAACUCGAAGUGCUGAUCAUUUCACAAGAGCGGAAGAGCAGUGUGUAUUAUUUUAAAUACUAUGCUAUUUAGUUUUUCGUGUGAUGUUGCCUAGCAAGGGGAGGUUAUCUCGUGCUCUGAACAUGUUUAGUUUUCUGUUUUUUCUUUCAUGAACAUCUAGCGCUCACACUUAGGUGUCGUGGUCUGUUUUUAAGUUCAAUAUUUGUGUUUCUUUUAUCAAUCAUUGAACCCUCAGUAUAUUUAUACUGAAAUUAUCAAAUGUGUACUCAAUUGUAUUUUGUUCAAGUGUUGUAAUAUAUUUGGUAUAAAUGUGUAUUAUGUUUCUA